GGACAAACGUUUGACAGGAAGUGAAGUUCGAAUGAAUGGCGGCGACACAAUAUUAUCAAUUUAGCCUGUUUUACUGAUAUUCCGCUGGUUUUAAUCUACUUAUUUCAAGGCAUGCAGAUUUAAGACUAGUGUGAUAAUUUUUACAGUGUAAAGUAUGGAUAUCAUUGAUGAUUUAGUGGUAGUUGUGAGACUGAUUUUAGAUUACAUUGGAAUUGAUCCAGAAGAUGUGAGAGCUUUAUUAGAAGAAUUGAAUGCUAGGAGAAGAGUGAGGUUUUAUCAAACUCGUCAUGCUAUCACCUAUAAUUGGAAUCAUGUUGUUUCCUUUCGUCAGCGUACAAUCAACAGAGUAAAUAAAAUACAAUCAGAUGUACGACACAAAAGUUUGAUGAGAAUCAUAGGGUCAUAUAUAUCAAUGAAACCUGUUAAAAGAGUAAGAAUACAGAAUCACUUGUUACAGUCUCGGUAUCCUAAAUACAUGUAUGACAGUGAUAGUGACGAUUCUGUUAUAUCAACGACAAGUCUUGGAACAUCUACAGAUGAUGAUGUUGUCUGGGUGGAGGAAGAGUUAGGUGACAACUGUGUCAGGAUUAGAGCACAGAAAAGGAAACACUUUGAAAAUGAUGCUGCUCUUGAUGAGUUAGAUGCUGAUUUAUGUAUAUCUCGACCCAGCUUAUCUCCUAUGAGUUCUACUAUGAUAUCCUCAGUGUCUACACGACAAGAUCCUGAGCAGACACAGAAGUUAUCAGUGAUGGAAGAAGAGCUAAAUAACUUACGACUACAGAUAGCCAUGCUGGUGGAAGCUCAAGAACAGAUCAAUAAAUCUCAUAUACCGGUACCUCCACAGUCUUUCCAAGAAGAAAGGUUACCAAUAGAGGAUAAUGUACCAGUGCCACCACCUUGUCCAAUUGCCCCUCCCCCACCACCACCACUCCCAGCAACAAAGCAGUCAACACCAAUUGUUACCCAGACUGCAACAGAAAAACAGACAAUAGUGCUACAGACAAUACAAGACAACAGAAAUAGUACUCCUGAAAAUCCCCCAAAACAGGCAACAUUGACAGAUGUCCUGAAAGGUCUUGGAAGUGUGAAACUGAAAAGUAUUCAAAGGUCUCCUGGAGGAACACCAUUAAAACCAAGAAGACGAGAAUCUAAUAAUGAUCCUGCAUCAGUGAUAGCUCAAGCUUUGAAAAAGAAAUUUGCCAAUCAAAUAAUCAACAGUCCAGAUGUUGAUAAGGAAAAUGACAGUUUUAAUUUCAGUUCUCCAGAACCAAAUAGCCCUUUUAAUAUUGGGUCAGGUCACAGAAGAAUCAGAAAGAGAUCUGUGUUGUUUGACGACAAGAAUAGACUGUCUGGACCACUAAGAUUAUAGACUUAAAAUGAAGGAUUAAUUGUUUUUAUCAGUGAUAUUGUCAAUUGUGCUCAAUUUUAAUAAACAGUUUUUAUUAUAUCUAUAA